CCUGGUGUAGCCACAAUAAGAUCCGCACAGCCAUUGGGCCCUUGAGCAAGGCCCUUAACCCUGCAUUGCUCCAGGGGAGGAUUGUCUCCUGCUUAGUCUAAUCAACUGUACGUUGCUCUGGAUAAGAGUGUCUGCCAAAUGCCAAUAAUGUAACACUCCACCGAUCUGGGCUUUAUGGCUGAUUGGCCUGACAGAAGCCUCUUCAAUGAAAGCCCACUUGGAGUUUGGAAAAAUGACUCUCAGAUUGUGAGAAACAAGAUUAUCUGGUCUGAUGAAACCAAGAUUGAACUGUUUGGCCUCAUUUCUAGGGGAAAGUAUCAUGUCUAGAGAAAACCAGGCACUGCUCAUCACCGGCCCGAUACCUUCCCAGCGGUGAAGCAGGGUGCUGGCAGCAUCAAGCUGUGGGGUGUUUUUCAGAAGCAGGGCCUGGGGGACUAGUCAGGGUCGAGGGAAAGCUGAACUGAGCAAAGUAGAGGUCCAGAGUGCUCCGGACUUCAGCCUGGGCCAAAGGUUCACCUUCCAACAGGACAAUGACCCAAAGCACACAGCCAAGAGUGACUUCGGGACAACUCUGUUAAUGUCCUUGAAUGGCCCAGCCAGAGCCCAGACUUGACCCCAAUUGAAUCUCUGGAGAGACCUGAAAAUGGCUGUCUUCAGAAGGUCCCCAACCAACCUGAAAGAGCUUGAGAGGAUCUGGAGAGAAGAAUGGCAGAAAAUCCCCAAAUCCAGGAUGCCUCUGAUCAAGGGCAAGUCUGCGAGGGACACCCUGCAGGAGAAGGGCCUGUGGGAAGAGACCAGGCAGAAGCAUCCCUACAACCCCAUGGCCAAGUUCAUGCAGACUGGCACCGAGUCCAUGACCAAUGAUGCCGACCUGUCCUACUAUGGCGUCAUCUCCAUCGGAAACCCCCCUCAGUCCUUCAAGGUCAUCUUCGACACCGGCUCCUCCAACCUGUGGGUGCCCUCCGUCUACUGCUCCAGCCAGGCCUGCCAGAACCAUGCUAAAUUCAACCCUCAGCGUUCCUCUACCUACAAAUACACCUCUCAGACCCUGGCCAUCCAGUAUGGCACUGGCAGCAUGACUGGAUGGCUGGGAUACGACACAGUGGAGGUUGGUGGCAUCUCUGUCGCAAACCAGAUCUUUGGUCUGAGCCACGAUGAGGCCCCCUUCAUGACCUACAUGGUGGCUGACGGUAUCCUGGGCCUGGCCUUCCCCUCCAUCUCCUCCUCCCACGCUACGCCCGUCUUUGACAACAUGAUGAAUGAGAGGCUGGUGUCCCAGAAUCUGUUCUCAGUCUACCUGAGCAGCAACAGCGAGUCUGGCAGUGAGGUGGACUUCGGCGGAAUCGAUGGAAACCACUACACCGGCAGCAUCGCCUGGAUCCCUCUCUCCUCUGAGACCUACUGGCAGAUCACCAUGGAAAGUGUUACCAUCAACGGACAAGCUGUUGCCUGUACUCAAGGCUGCCAGGCUAUUAUAGACACUGGCACCUCUCUCAUCGUUGGACCAAACAGUGACAUUGCCAAUAUCAACAACUAUGUCGGAGCCAGCACCAAUCAGUAUGGAGAUUCCACUGUUUCCUGCAACAACAUUGGCAGCAUGCCUGAGGUGACAUUCAGCAUCAACGGAAACUCCUUUACCAUCCCGGCUUCUGCCUAUGUUUCCCAAUCCGGCUACAGCUGCCGCACUGGUUUCGGCAACGGCGGUUCCAACCUCUGGAUCCUGGGUGAUGUCUUCAUCAGGCAGUACUACGCCAUCUUUGACAGAGGCACCAACUCUGUCGGCCUGGCAAAGGCUGUGUAAUCUACCCCAGAUCAGUGGCAGAUUUGAACCCCCUGAAAAGAUAUCUAGUUUUCCAGAAGUGAGCUCCAUGUUAAUCCGUGGCUGAACAGCUAAAUAGCUCCAUUAGAAGCAGGUGAACUGGC